AUCGCGUCCAAUAAUGAGCGUCUCGACGCCGAGCUAACGAACUGUCUGUCAGAAACGUAGACGUCGCCGAAGGGAUUUGUUGCGUUUUGAUUAAAAAAUAAAAUGUGUGAGUAUGUUGUGUAAAGACGGUUCAAGCGGCCGUCUUCGGUACCAUGCAGAAGAACGUGAAAGGAAGACCACGGGUACGAGCCGGUCGAUCCGUCAAUAUCCACGACUGGGAGAAGCAGAGUGAGGUUCUGGAGAAUUGGAACAAUGAGCUGUGCAGUGGAGAAUCACUUCCCGAAGUGGAGAUUAUCAGUCUCUUGGAAGAACAAAUUCCCAAAUACAAAUUAAGGGCCGAUACGUUGACGAAAUUCGGAGGUUACGAAAAUCAGGAUUGGUUUAUACCGUCACCAGCGUUGCAAAUCGACGAAGCCGACCUGAAACUAUCUCCGGAUCAAAUCCGGGAGACUCUUAAUUAUUUUCUUCUAUGUAGUAACCGGGUGAGCCAAAUGACCAAGACCUACGAUGACAUAGAAGCGGUAACUAGGCUUCUGGAAGAGAAAGAAAAAGACUUGGAACUGACGGCACGAAUCGGCAAAGAAUUGUUACAAGCAAACAGCAAACUCGAAAACACCAUCGCCUCGCUCGAAACGGACCUAAAAUCGGCGUUGGAGAAAAUCACACAGUUGAGCCAUGAGGUGCAGAAGAAAACCGAACUCAUCCAAAUACUCACCAACGACAUGGACGAGUCCAUUUUCGAGAAUGGGACCAGCGGGCGAAUUAAUCUGGAAUUGAUGCAAAAACGAAUGGCCGGACUUGAGGAAGAAAACAAGGCUCUGAAGUCAGAGUACAACCGCCUGGCACGUGACACCGAAACAGUCGAAGCCAAGGAACAAAUGCUCCUCAAGGACUUGACCGGCCAACUGACGUGCGCCAACACAAGUAUGGGUUUCCUCGAGGACGAGCUCGACCGCCAAAAGGAGGAAAAUCGCUUCCAGCACGAACAAAUCCUCACACUUCAGUCCAAACUCCAAGAUAUGGAGGAACGUCUCAACAAAUUCAUGUCGGAAAAUUACGAACUGAACGGUCUUCUUCAAAUCACCAAAGAUAAUCAAGGCAGCUUGGCCAUUGAAUUGUCCGAAUUCAAGGCGAGAUAUUACGAAGUUGAGAGUUUAUUACGCGAUACGCAGGAACAAUUGCGAAAAUUACGCAAAAAACAAAUGCCAGGGGCGAGAAUUGCCAUGUUCUCGUCGUUGGGCGCGAACACGCAGCCGUUUGAUAGUUUGCAGAGCGAACUGGAGAUGUCGAUGCAUUCGGAGUUGAGCACCGAUUCGGGGAUUUCCAACUCGGACAUCCCCCAGUAUAAGAAAGUGUUUGAGACCGUGCGCUGCGCCUCGCAGAACUCCCUCAGCAGCGCCGAGAGCCUGGGCAGCCUCCACUCGGGCCUGGGGGGCUACGCGAGCAGCACGGCCGGAAGUGGCCCCCGUAUGAGCAUCCGCGCCCAGACCUCCGACAUGCGCCGUUCUUCCGGUUCAAUUUACAGCAGCAGCUCUCUCGGUUACCCCAGCAUUGACUCAACCGGUCAUUCGGACACCGAAUUCAGUCAAACCGACUCCGACGACGGUUACCCGGGCGGAGCCCAGAAGGGGAUUCCGGGCGUUCCGGGCGCUGCCGAUUUAGAAGCCGCCCUAAAACGCCUAACUCCAGGCGAAGUCCUCGCCCGGAGGGCAAACCUCCAGCAUGGCCCCGCAUUCGGGGGCUAUGAGGGUGAGGGUUGUGUGCCGUUCGGGUGCCGCACCCCCGAUAGUUUAAUGUCGACGGGCUCCGGUAACUACAUGGGAUGGAAGUUACCUGAGAAGCUCCAAAUUGUUAAGCCGAUCGAGGGGUCGCAGACGCUGCAUCAGUGGGCGCAGUUGGCGCAGCCCACGUUUGGGGGGCUGCUGGAGGAGAGGCCGGGGGUGAAGAUCAGGGGCGGGAAGGAGUUGGAGGAGAUGGGGUUGGAGUCGUACGGUUUGAGUGACUUGGAGGAGGAUGAGGAGUAUUCGAAUCCCGGCAAGAUUUUUGAUUCGUUACAACCGACUUACACACUAACUAACAGCACGGUUAUGCAUCCGGAUGAUGGGACUUUUGUUACACCGAGUAAUAGAGGCAGUCGAGUGGCGUCAGUCUGUUCAAGUAUUCAGAACUCACCACCGCAAACUCCGGGACAGCUGAGUCGGAGGAACUCGUGCAGUACUUUCUCCACGACUUAUGGACUCGCCAAAAUAUUGAACGAACGAGGAAUUAAAGCGGCCACGCCCUCCGCCUUCAACACGCCCAAUGGAGCCAAUAGUUUCACCCCAACAGCCACUCCAUGUAACAGUCCGGACGGGAGCCCCUCCCAGUCAAGGUCCGAAUCUCCGGAACCUUUCAGUUUCCCCCAAUUGAUCCUAAGCUCGGUCCCCCAAUUUAUCAAAGACACUGUAGGAGGCGGAGCUAAGAAAAAAAUGAUCAAAAGCAAAAGGAGCAAACCGGAACGGGCAGAGAGUCUCGUGGGUAAGAUCGAGCGCAUCGGCAUAACGAACCUCAUGGGGGCGCCGGGGGCCCUGUCCAUCUCCGCUGGUUUGUACUCCCGGCCGGCCUUGACGAGCCCUAUGGCCCAGUUGACUUGUCUUUUGCCGAAUCCGGAGCCCCACCUUGGCACUAAAUCUCUGCCUAACCAAAGGAAGCCCCCGUCUGGUCUGGGAGUCCCCGGAAAGCCGGGCAGUGGCGCCCUCAGUAAGCGUCUCGAGCAGUUAAAUUCGCGGAAACAGCGUCGUGGAGGAGUCACUAGAUCUGAUUUGGGUACAGUUUCAACGAAAAAAGUGCCAGAACCUCCGGAACAAACUUCCACUUUGGGCACUUUGAGUUCGUUGCUGUUUGGUCGCAAGGGCGGUUUGUUCUAAACAGUAUUUUAUCACUGACACUUGCAAUAAAUCGAGCAUUUUCGUAUUUUUCGGUACGUAAUAUUGUUAUUAUGUACGAAACUUGGUUUUUCAGGAGAAAAAAUCGUCAUUUUACGUGUCAUUCAUUCAUUAUCAAAAGGUGCUGUUACAAUUAUUUGUGUGUGAUAUUUUUCUUUUUUGUAUUGUUUGUGGUUUUGCACAAAUUGUUAUUUUUAUAAUUAAGUAAUCAUUUGGUGCUGUUCUGAAUGUAAAUAAUGAUUGUAACUGUACAUAAUGGUUGAUUAGUUGGAAUUAAUUAUGCUAUUAUAGGGUAUUACAGUUAUUAUUAGCGAAAAUGUUUCAAAAUUAUAAUCUGAAGAAAAAUUACAUCAUAGCUUCAACUUCAAUUAGAGGAAUUUAAACCAAGUAUUCUAAAUGAUUAUUUUGCGUAAGAAUAGGAGAAAAAAUGCUGUAUAAAGUAUUUAUUUUACUAGUAAGGAAACAAGUCGGUAGUAUUAUGUUGUAAAUAAAGACGAUUUUGAAAUGG